AAGUCCGGGUUUGUCUUUUCUCUAUUGAAACACAAACAUUCAGUGGACGCGUUAGCGCAAUAGAUAAUUCAAAUUAAACGUGUUUGGCACUCUUAAAUAGAGUUAUGAAUGUCAUUUUUCGUUAAAACUUCACAACGAAUUUAUGUUCGAAUUUUAGUGGCCUGGAUUAUUUAUAUAUCUGGAUUUUUACUUCCUGGAGAGGAUGGAUGUGCAUCAACUCACUGAAGAUGAGAUGGCAGAGAUUAAAAAAGACGUGCUGACCAGGCUGCGCCACUACCUCUGCGUCAAGAUCCGAGCCAGAUGCCACCUGGACUACCUGCGCUCCCGCCGCAUCCUCACCCGUGACGACGCCGAGGAGAUCAACUGCAAGACCACACAGACCAAGAGGACGGGCCUCUUGUUGGACAUCCUCUCGGAGAACCCCCGAGGCUUGGACGCCCUGGUGGACUCCAUCCGGGAGCUGCGAGCGCAGAACUUCAUCAUUGCCAAGAUCACGGAUGAGGUGCAGAAGGUGAAGAAUGAGAAGAAAGAGUCCCGAAAAGCUGGAGCAUCCACUUCCUCACCCAACAGCAACGUCACCUGCACAACCCACGAGCCUUCCAGUACGUUCUCAAACGACUCCACUUUGCCCUUCCACAACGAAGGCGAACAAAGCCCCUUCACUUCAGAUGGCUUUGUUGAUUCGUGGUUGCGGAACGGUGGCGGUCUCUCCUCCGUGGCCGCCGUCAGCAUGGCUGCUGCCUCCUCCACAACAUCCUCCAGCCUUCCCAGGCCAGGAGAGCCAGGAGCUCCCUCGCUUCCUGAGGAGGAUAUGACGGAAGACGUGGGAUCACCGGGGUCCACCACCAGCAGCAGUGGGGCCGACCCCAACUUCCAACCCCUGCGGUCACGUUCUCUCACUCCGGCGUCACAUCAAAGCAAUUUUUAAUUUGCAUGCAGUCAAAGGGACAAACAGGUAGACACAGUACAUCCGCCGCUUAACUCUGCUGCUUAUUAAUAUAAACUACUGUACAUCAUACUACACUCUCCACCUUUUUUAUCAUGUAAGAAUAGCUGCUUCAUCUCUUGUGCCUUCUAUGAUAACUUUGAGGUUUGUAAACAUAAACAUUUUUCUGUUAAAUUAUACUGUAUAUCAUCUGAUCCUGAUAUGAAAGGAGCAUUAAAUAAAAG